UGCACGCGUCCCCAACCCUUGCCUAACCACGCUGCUAUUAAACUUUGCUAAGUAUACGUAACAUAAACAGAUUUGUGCUGUCUAUAAAAAAAAAACAUGCUACGGAUUGUGUGAAAGUGUCUACCAGUUUAAGUGUUGUGCUUUCCCGUAAUGAUAAUAAAACACCUUGAAUUUGACAGCCCGUGGAGGAAUUAACCCAGAUUUAGUUGAAAGGCGGGACGAUGAUUACGUACGCCGAAACAUGGAGGUGAAACGUCAUGAGAAGCCGGGCAACCUGUCGCCCAUAAACCCGGCUAUACACAAGGAAGAAGACGGAAAGACGUCCAGAUCGAGCAGCAAGUCUGAGAAGGAUUUAAGGGUUAUCCAGGACAAGUCUCCCAGCGACGACGGGUUAAGAAGAAGUGAGAGACGCCUGUCAAGAGCUAGUGAAAGUUCUAGAGAUACUUUUGACAGACAAGACUCAAAAUCCACACUAAGCCCGAAGGUAUCGCGCAAGUACUUCACCAACUGGCGCCAGGCAUGCGAUAAGACGAAGGACAAAACGAAGGAAUUGCUGAAGCGGUGGAGGACGUUGCCUGAAACGGAAGUGCCUGGAAACCCGAUGCAAGAGGCCGAGCGCAGUGAAGAGGAGAAACAUCACGGAUGGAGUGUACACGUAUGGACCACAUGGGUGAACCGAUGCAGCCAGGACCUGGAGUGUCUAGACCUAGAAGAGGAGCAGCCUUUAGCACAACUAAGUUCCAUACAGACAGACAAGAUGACGUUAUUUUUUACGGAGCUUCUUGACCAUGAUAGAGAUGACGUCAUUUGUGAUCAGGAUUUUGACAAUUUUUUUGAGAAACUGGCGCACUUCGCAGACUGGUCGACCAACUCGUCCGAAUUUCACAUAAUGUUGGAAGUCAAAAGGGAAUUCAUCGAGCAUUUUAUCAACCCAUUACCUACCAAGUGGGCCGAGUUACCGUACUACAAGAGAGUGUGUGGACCUGAAGCUGGAGGCAUGGCUGGGAGAACUACCCUAGAAGGCUGGUUGGCGAGAUGGGCGCUACAACUCUCAGAAAUGAAACGUUUCGUAGAUCUACCACUUUACCUACAAUACCUUUGCAAGAUUGUAUUUCACGUUAUAGAUAGAGAAAAUAUGGGCGAAAUACGGAAACCUGCCCUGGCGGCAUUUUACCGCUCAGUAAUCGGGCUGUCUGCCAAAAGGAUCGAAGAGAUUAUCGAUACGGCCUACGACAGGAUGACCAGCAAUAGCUACCUAAUUCUCGACUACGGAACAUUCGUGCAUUGUUUCACCAACUGGCUAAUGGGGAAAAACCCAAAUGGACCCGGACAGUGGGUGCUGGUGCCACCAAAGGAUGCACUACCACAGCCGCCGUUCCCAGUUGACUAUAGUGCUUUGAACACCGAGCCAGCGAAAUUGGAACCCUAUGCACCCGACAAAAAGACUAAUAGACAUUCUGUCAUAGUAUAGAUCACUAUAUCCUACUAAUAUUAUAAACGCGAAAGUUUGUAUGGAUGUUUGGAUGUUUGUUACUCUUUAACGCCGCUACUACUGAAGCGAUUUGGCUAAUAUUUGGAAUGGAAAUGUAAUUUACUCUGGAUUAACACAUAGGCUACUUUUUAUCCCGUAAAUAUCCGUGGUUUCCCGAAAUUUGCGAAAACUGAUGAUUUUAAUGAUAUGAAUGUUUGUUACUCUUUCACGCCUCGACUACUUAACCGAAUUAGCUGAAAUUUGGCAUUGAGAUAUAUUAUAGCAUGGAUUAACACAUAGGCUACUUUUUAUCCCGGAAAAAUCCAUGGUUCCCGAGGGAUUUGUGUAAAACUAAAUUCCACGCGGACGAAGUCGCGGGUGUCUGCUAGUAGUAAAUAAAGAAGUCAAUGAUGCUUGUUUGGUUAUACACAAAUCUCUACUAACAGAACAGAGCCAGAGAAAUAAAUGGUCAGACAAAUCUGUAUGAUGUAGUAUGUAUCUACCUGCUGGUUAUAAAAUAAACCUCUCAUUCGUUGGUACAUUGGAAAAGCACACGAUAGGUUAACUAUCAUAUCCAUCGGUUCUCUACUUUCCAUCCUAAAAAAAACAAAGUACCUGUCAACUUAUAUAGAGAUUCAUGUACUAAAGCUUGGCAAGUUCGUUGAUGACACUCCCUUGAUAUGCGGGCGACGGGAAAAAAGAACUGCGCGGAUGUGAAGUCGAGCGCGCGGGGCAUCGCUACCUUCCUCCCGGUCCGCGAUGACACUCCCUUGAUAUGCUGGCGACAGGGGGAAAGAACUGCGCGGGUGUGAAGUCGAGCGCGCGGGGCAUCGCUACCUUCCUCCCGGUCCGCGAUGACACUCCCUUGAUAUGCGGGCGACAGGGGGAAAGAACUGCGCGGGUGUGAAGUCGAGCGCGCGGGGCAUCGCUACCUUCCUCCCGGUCCGCGCGGACCAUCGGGAGUGUUACGAACGAAUUUGCCAAGCUAUAGCAUCAUUACUUCACCAAGCAAGUUUUAAAAAUGUAAAUAUACUAAUUACCUUUAGUUUACCAACUAAUGUACAAUGCUUAAUUGCAAGAACGCGUAACUAGACUAGGGUUAAUUCCUUCUCCUACGGUAUCUAAGGGUUCUAAAUAAGAUUGGGGUAGGCAGUGUAUUUCUUUAUCUUAGAUAUCUAUGAAUUACACGCCACUGAUGACAAGAAACAAAUUAAAAAAAACUCUACCGACAGAUGUUGUCUAUGGAUAUUUUGACCGUUUACAAAGUUUAAAAUAUUUACGAAUAAAAAUGGUGUUACAAAAAAAUGCAAUUAAUAGGUUGUUAGUUUAAUACUAGGUAACUAAUAACGUAUACGUAAUUAACACGUGAAUUGAUAUUAGUCAGGAAACCUUGUACCUAUAAUACAAAACCUACAGGGUUAUUAUGUAACUCGGUGUAUAAAUAAAGGUCGCCAUUGACGGUCAAUUAUUCUCACGUUUCUGAAAAGCAAACGGCAGCAUACAAGUACAUAUACAAGUCAUGUACGCAGUAACCAACACACGAUCAAUUAUAGUCAUGGGUGCUACAGAAACGUGAGAAUAACUGACCGUUUGUGGCUAGCAUUAUACCAUUCAAGUAAUCAGUCACUACAACGUUUUUAUCAUAUUUUCGUUUUCAACAUCAUCUAACAUUGUGUUUUCAACGAAAUGACAUAAUUAUCGUAAUUUUAUGUAAAGAAACAUUAGUAGUGGUAGUAGCAAGUAGUAACGUUAUUUCAACGAAAAACUGGUAGGCAUAUUUACUGAAUUUCGUUGAAAUAACACCGAGAUACAUAACAGGCCCGAUGAUGUACCUAACUACUAAGUUUUAGAUAUGCUAUAUCUGAUUGAUAUACCUGAGUAUGAAGAUGGAAAUAAGUAGGUAUUACUACUUCAUAUAAAGUUUGACGAGUUACCCAAAAAUGUAUAAAGUAUUCUUAGUAUAGAUAAUUGUGACGUAAGUAAACGGAUCCUUUGUAAGCCUAUAAAUAAUUGAAAAUUAUGAAUCAUAUUCCUUGUAAAGGAAAAACAAUUAUGUAGAUAUAUUUAGUAGAAGCAAACGUUUCUCUGACGAAGACGUUGAGUGAAUAGCAAUUUUGCUUUUCCAUUUAAAGGAUUUCACAGGAAAUAGCAAUCUAUGUUAAUUAUUCACUGAAAAACAAUUAUGGAUAUUUUUCAUGCCCGUGAAAAAUAAUGAACUAUCUGCAAAGUCACUCGUUGCCUCUUCGCACAUUAAUUAUGAUCUUUCUGAGGUACCUAUAAGUUGCAGAUCCCAAAAUUUAAAAAAAAACAUCCAACCCUUCGACGGCCUCCGCGGCGCAGUGGUAUGCGCGAUGGAUUUACAAAACGGAGGUCCUGGGUUCGAUCCCCGGCUGGGCAGAUUGAGAUUUUCUUAAUUUGUCCAGGUCUGGCUGGUGGGAGGCUUCGGCCGUGGCUAGUUACCACCCUACCGGCAAAGACGUACCGCCAAGCGAUUUAGCGUUCCGGUACGAUGCCGUGUAGAAACCGAAAGGGGUGUGGAUUUUCAUUCUCCUCCUAACAAGUUAGCCCGCUUCCAUCUUAGAUUACAUCAUCACUUACCAUCAGGUGAGAUUGUAGUCAAGGGCUAACUUGUAAAGAAUAAAAAAAAAACCCUGAUAUGCAUUUAGUUUUAAAAACACAUAGUUACGAGUAUGUACUUAGAUACUUCAGAGGGCUUAGUGGCAGUUUAAUACUGUGACGAUCGCGUUAACGUAAACGCGACUAAGAAAUUGAAACAGCGCCAUAUAGUGGCACUACACACAACUGUUUCUAUUCCCUAUAAAUUCGCGUUUACGAUAACGCGAUAGUAACAGUAUGAAAACAUUGAAAAAUCCCACUAGGCACACAGAAGAAAAUUUCGCUUGCUUAAGGAAAUUAAACGCUUUACCUACCCUAAAAUUGUGCAAUUUGACCAAUUACUAUUAUAAUUAGUUAGGUUAAGGAGCUUCUUGUGUAAUGUAAGGAUGUAAAUAAUUAAUUAAUUUAGAGACACGAAGCCUUACAGUGUAACUUAUAGAUCAACCUGAAAACUUUUGCUAGUCCGAUUUGGUUAACUUGUGGUAUUUACAUGUAUUUUUUUUAUUAAAUGUAGGUACCUAUACUUGUAUUCCACAAAAUAUCUAAUGCAUACAAACGUGGUAUUGAAGAUGAAUAAUUACAGAAACAAAUAAAUCGUUAUGUAUUUUAGAAAAUCGCCAAUUAAAUGAAUCAAGCUCAAUUAUGGUAUUUUUGAUUCCAUUAUUACAGAGUGUUUUGAAUGUAAUAACGUUUAGAUUUGAUGAUUUUCAAUCAAGCAAAACAAAUCAAUUAUUCACUGCUAAGGUUCGAGUACCUACCUAAAACUCGAGUACACGAUAAGUUUGCGCGUGGCGAAAAUCAAGAACUAAUCAAAUGCCGCCAUCUUGUUGUCUAUCUCUAUCUAUCUCUAGGCGGGUAAAAGAGAUCGCAGUAAAGCUGACAUCAAGAGCGCCACCAGUCGCGAGCAGACUUAUCUUGCGCGCACUCUAACUAUAGCUUGGCAAGUUCGUUGAUGACACUCCCUCUACUGAUGAUAUGCGGGUGACGGGAGGAAGAACUGCGCAGAUGUUAAGUCGUGCGCGCGGGGCAUCGCUACCUCCCGGCCCGCCCGGACCAUCGGGAGUAUUACGAACGAAUUUUUUAAGCUAUACGAGUAUCUCUGAUGCUGUUAUGACCAUCCAAUAGGCCCACAAGCCUGCAACGUUAACGGCAGAACAUCAUGCAGAGAGCCUAGUGGCAGUUUGAUACUAUGACGAUCGCGUUAACGUAAACGCAAAUUUCUAAGGAAUUGAAACAGCGCCAUCUAGUGAGACUACUGCACAACUGUUGCAAUUCCAUAUAAAUUCGCGAUUACUGUAACGCGAUAGUAACAUUAUGAAAACAUUGAAAACUCCUACUAGGCACACAGAUCGCGACCAACACAUGAUCAUUCAUCAUCAUGUGUGUUUAUUGGAUGAUGGGUGGCAAGCAUAGAAGAUGUACCUAGGUGUAGUCUCGAUCUAUACUCAGAUCGUUUAGAACAAACCUAUCCCAGGAAUUGUUGGGUGUUGAAUCAAUAAGUUACACUAGCAAGCAUUCUGUUGCACGACACGGUAAGCAAGAACUGCCUUAAUGUAAGCGUCUUCACAUUUCACGAUACAGCCUUAUUUUAUACCUUAGACUUAACUAAUGUACCCUAGGUUUAACGAAUUAGAGAAACAACUGUUCACUUUAACCCACAUAAAAUAAAUGAAUCUUUUUAA